CCUUCGCACUGUACUGUAGUUGACUCCUGCGGCGCCACUCUCCGUCCUUCGCUCGCUACGUUGCGUAUUCAAAACCAAAAGCGUAGACCAAAACACAGAGAGGAGAAGAGAUAAAAUAAAAAUUAUAAAAAAAGGUCUCCCUUCCGAUCCAAGAUCCUACUCAAACCCUAGCUCGCGCGCAUCUCCGCCGUAUCCGAAUCCAAUGAGGAGGGGAGGAGAUGUUUUGGGACGGCGAAGUGGCAGUGGGGGCGGCGGCGGCGGCGGCGGCGGCGCGAGGCAGAUGAAGCAGCUCGGUGGCGGCGGCGCCGCCGCCGGAGCGAUGAGGGGUUUGCCCGUGCGCCUCUCGAUGGCUCUGCUCGUCCUCGUCAUUUGUAUCCUCGCCAUUUUCUCCUCCAUUGGUGUUCAUCGCCCAUCGAACUCAGUACAGAAUGUUGCCGUGACUAAGCUGUGGAAACCUGCUGAUUCUGGUGGGUGGAGAGCAUCAUCUGCACCACGUUCAUACUGGCCUCCUCCUCCAACUGAGACCAAUGGUUAUUUAAAGGUGCGCUGUAAUGGUGGCUUGAAUCAACAAAGAAGUGCGAUUUGUAAUGCUGUUGUUGCUGCAAGAAUAAUGAAUGCCACAUUAGUGCUUCCAGAGUUGGACACAAAUUCCUUUUGGCAUGAUGAAAGCGGGUUUCCAGGUAUUUAUGAUGUUAAGCAUUUUGUAAAGACUCUUAGAUAUGAUAUCCGGAUUGUAAAAAGCCUUCCAGAAGUCCUUUCAAAUGGGAAGAGCAAGAAGAUGAAAGCUUAUCAGAUUCGUCCACCAAGAGAUGCCCCCUUGAGCUGGUACACAACAUUUGCUUUAGGAAAGAUGAAGCAGCAUGGCGCUAUUUAUCUAACUCCUUUUUCACACCGUUUAGCAGAAGAAAUUGAUGAGCCCGAACUUCAGAGGUUGAGAUGUCGAGUGAAUUAUCACGCACUUCGGUUCAAACCACACAUUAUGAGAAUAAGCAGCGAGAUAGUAAAUAAGCUCCGUGCAGAAGGCCAUUUCAUGUCAAUACACCUUCGGUUUGAGAUGGAUAUGCUUGCAUUUGCUGGGUGCAUUGACAUAUUUACGCCUGAAGAACAGAAAAUUUUAAUCAAAUACCGAAAAGAGAAUUUCGCAGAGAAGGAACUUGUUUACAGAGAACGGAGGCUUAUUGGGAAGUGCCCGUUAACUCCAGAAGAGGUGGGUCUCAUUUUGCGUUCUAUGGGAUUCAACAUCUCAACCCGCAUCUACCUUGCUGCUGGUGAGCUUUUCGGUGGGGACCGCUUCAUGAAACCAUUCAGGGCAAUGUUCCCGCACCUUGAGAGCCACAGUUCAGUGGGUCCCGGGAAGCUCGAAGAGAACACUCGCGGGUUAGUUGGUUCCGCUGUUGAUUACAUGGUUUGUCUCCUAUCAGACAUCUUCAUGCCAACAUAUGACGGCCCGAGCAACUUUGCCAAUAACCUAAUGGGUCACCGCCUCUACUAUGGAUUUCGCACCACGAUCCAGCCCAACAGAAAAGCCCUAGCUCCUAUAUUCAUGGAUCGGGAGGAAGGCCGGGCGGAGGGCUUUGAGGAGCGUGUCCGGCGGGUCAUGUUCGGAUCCAAAUUUGGUGGGCCUCACAAACGUGCCCGGCCUGAGUCAUUUUAUACAAACUCGUGGCCUGAGUGCUUCUGCCAGGUGGUGCCGGAGAAUCCUGCAGAUAAGUGUCCACCAGACAAUGUUUUGGAAGUGCUGGAGAGUCAAAUGCAGGGCGAAGAGAGCGAUGAAUCAGAAGAAGCGAAGGCUACUCCGACAGACAUCAUAGGCUUAACCGAAGAGACUUUGAUUUAGAGCAAACAAUUUGUCAGAUAAAAGACUGACUUGCAAUUCUGUUCAAUACAGCCUUAGAGAGGACCAAAAGUAGUAAUCAUUGUUAGAUUAGAUCGGCGUGGAUCGCCAUCAUACCGUCGGAGUGAUGCGAAUUUUGGAACCACGCUUCUCGGAUGCUGAUGAUGAUGAUGAAGAGUUAUAGGUGAAAUUAAUACCAAAGCAUCUGUGUGAACAAAAGGUAAAUUAUUGUGCCAUAAUUCUGUUUUUAGUGGUUGAUCAAAAACAUGGCAUUGUUUCUUCAAGAUAUUGAUAUUGGACUUAGAGGGAUAUUUUACGUCUAAUGUUAGACAAUUUUAGUGCAAAUUAUGCGAUCUAAUUUGUUGGGCUUCAUUAGUUUGUAAUAGCGCUUGCUUCUCCUAUCAAAUUCUACUUUUAUCUUUUCCUUUAAA